GCCUCUUCCACGGCAGAACCACAGGAUGACACACGUACGCAAAGCACAGCAAUGCACUAUAAAACUGCUCACACGUCGAUUCAUCUACACACGUGUCUUCUUCCCCCAGAAACAGAGAGUCCCUCCACUCUCUUUUCUUUUGUGUCUCUGUUCCAAGCAGACGACGAUCAAGGACGACGUACCCACGAAUCCGUGGAGAAAAUAUUAGAAUAGGAAAGGCAAAAUGCAAUCGAGGGUAGCAGACACCACAAGAAGGUCGCCUUUGGUUCUCUCUCUAGCCCACAACCAUGUUCUCCGCUGGCGCAGAGGACGACUUGCCUCGUCCUCGGCUGGUCGCACCGCUGACCCUGACAUUCAUUCCGGAGAAGUCGAAGCUGGCCCUGAUGUGUGUUACAGAAAAAACGAAGGUCAAGGAACUGCGCUGGAUGCUGAUGAUACGGGCAAGCAAGAAACGGAACACGAACCAAGAACAGAAACCGGACCAUUGAAGCCUCCAAGAAUACCUUAUGCUUCCUCUACGAGGCUGGAGAGCACUGGCGGGCUGAACCCGCCCUCGGACCCCAUCAUCCAGCAAAAGCGUCGCCAUGUAACAAGCAGCCUGGAAGAAGUCAGUUGUUGUGCAGGGCUUGAGGGGACGCCGGGGCUAAAGGACAAGGAGGAAGAGCAGAGAGUCGACAGAGAGGAACAAGUUGAGGAUUACAGAGAGUACUACAAUCAUCACAAGGCCUCGCCAUUGUCGGAGAUCAAACUGGUCGAUACGAGGAAGCCCAUUACUAGGGCCACUGAUGGGACAGCGGAUGCCGACGAGCAUGAGGGUCUUGCUAGCGAUGUGAUUGGGUGGAGACCGGAGCAGCUUGACACGGCGGAGGAGGAGCUUCGGAGGGCCGCUGAGAUAUUCAGGCAGAACGCGAUGCGUGGUGACCCUGAUCUUCCGCACUCGAGGGUUCUUAGAGAGCUUCGUACGUGGUGAAUGGUUUUGAGGAGGAGACUGGGAUUUCUUUUUCUUUUUUUUAUGAGUGCGAAUCUCUGAUGUAAUUGUAAGGUUGUGUGCCUUAAAAUGAAAUGGUAAUUUUGUAGUUAUUUUAGAAAAAAUUGCACAAUUAGAGUGCUAAAGAUUUUGUUAGGGAGAAACCAAAUUAAAGAUAGGUUGGAAUUUCACUUUCAAGAAGCUAGGUUCAAAAAGAUAAGGUAACAAAACAAUGAAAACAGAAUGUUUUGUUGGUACCCAUGUUGGGCGAAGCACAUGAACAAUAUUUAUGUUAUGUUGUUGGUGCACGGUACUGUUCAUUCU